CGUGACGUCAGCAGGCGUCGUGCUGGGAUUGGAAUGCUACAAUGUAACAAUCGGAACUGGACACUUCAGAUUAAAGCGUUGGAACGUAACGUUGUAUCGUCGGCGUCGCGAACGCUCUGAGAAUGUAGCAGGGAAUAGAAAAACGUGUCGGUUUGUGAUAUUUUUACGAGGGUUUAUAAAACAACGGCACGAUUGUAAAGACAACCAGCCUUUGGAGGAUUUGUCAGAGGAAAAUAUGUGAGAAUACACGGAUUUGUGGGGAUUUAUCCGCUCGGGAAGUUUGUGACAGGGUCUUUCUGACUUAGGCGCAUCACAUGAGAUUCCAGCACUUGGACAUUUCUCUGACCGCUUCUGCUGUUUGUGAUAUCUCCGAGCUGGAUUUGAAGAAGUCUUCUCUGAAAGUACUUUUUCUGAUGGUUUCCAUUGAUCCAGAACAGUCCCGAUGGCCAGCAGGGUUCAGGUGUUAUCUGUCAGGAGUUUAGAUGCUGUCUAAUGUGAACGAAGGGACCAGAGAGGAGAGAGGUAGAUCCAUAACAAGGGUUUAAGGUUAAGUCGCCCACAUGCUCUGGAUUUGGGAUUGGAAUCACAAGGUGGAAGUUGAGAGCAUCAAAUCCCUGCAGGUCUGUGGAAGAUGCUGUCCAGCAGGAGUUGAGACCUUUGCAUUCAUCAGCAACCAGCUCCAUCUGGAUCUAAGGACACAUGCAGGCCAAAAAACGCUAUUUAAUUCUGUUCUCUGCAGGCGUGAGCCUCAUUCUCCUCUUUUACCUGCAGGGACCAGCUUCCAGAAGGAGUCAAAACCGAGGGGAUGACCCCCAUCCACACUGGCCCUACUUCUCAGACCCCUUACAAGCUUUUAUUCCAUGGGAUCAGACUGAAACGGAGGACUACAAUGUCCGCGCUUCUCCGAGACACAAAAGAGAGGACAACUCCAGAGCUUCUAAGUGCAGAAUGGACUCCUGCUUUGACUUCUCCUUGUGCAGGAGGAACGGCUUCAAAGUCUAUGUCUAUCCUCAACAGAAAGGUGAGAAGAUCUCAGAAAGCUACCAAAACAUCUUGUCCUCCAUCGAGGGCUCCAGAUUCUACACAUCUGACCCGGGACAGGCUUGUCUCUUUGUUUUGAACCUCGACACUCUGGACCGAGACCAGCUGUCUCCUCAAUAUGUCCACAACCUCAAAACUAAGAUCCAGAACUUGAACCUAUGGAAUAACGGGAGGAACCACCUGAUCUUUAACCUGUAUUCAGGCACAUGGCCGGAUUACACAGAGGAUUUGGGGUUUGAUAUCGGACAAGCCAUGUUGGCCAAAGCCAGCAUCAGCACCGAGAACUUCAGACCCAAUUUUGACAUCUCCAUCCCCUUGUUCUCCAAAGAUCACCCCCGGACUGGAGGAGAAAGGGGGUAUUUAAAAUACAACACCAUCCCUCCCUUUAGGAAAUAUGUGCUGGUUUUUAAAGGCAAGCGCUAUCUGACUGGGAUUGGAUCUGAUACCAGGAAUGCACUUCAUCACAUCCAUAAUGCUGAAGAUGUGGUUCUCCUCACCACAUGCAAACAUGGCAAAGACUGGCAGAAACAUAAAGAUGCUCGCUGCGACAAGGACAAUGCUGAAUAUGACCGGUAUGACUAUAAAGAAAUGCUACAUAACUCCACUUUUUGUCUCGUGCCUCGAGGACGCCGCCUGGGCUCUUUCCGUUUCCUGGAGGCUCUGCAGGCCGCUUGUGUUCCCGUCAUGCUCAGUAACGGCUGGGAGCUUCCCUUCUCAGAGAUCAUCGACUGGCACACGGCCGCCGUCAUUGGGGACGAGAGACUUCUUCUACAGAUUCCAUCGACCGUUCGCUCCAUCCAUCAAGAUCGCAUUCUGUCUCUCCGCCAGCAGACGCAGUUCUUGUGGGAAGCGUAUUUCUCUUCUCUGGAGAAAAUUGUGCUCACUACAUUGGAGAUCAUCCAGGACCGUGUGUUGCAGCAUGACGCCCGCAGCACGUUGAUGUGGAACCGAUUGCCCGGAGGACUUUUCACUUUGCCCCAAUACUCGUCCUACCUGGGCGAUUUUCCCUUCUUCUAUGCCGUACUCGGUGUUAAACCACAGCAGAAGUUCACAGCCGUGAUUCACGCUGUCACGCCUCUUGUAUCUCAGUCUCAGACGAUUUUCAAGUUGCUAGUGGCUGUGGCCAAAUCACAGUACUGUUCCCAGAUCAUUGUCCUGUGGAACUGUGACAAGCCUCUCCCAGCGAAGCACCGCUGGCCCUCCACCUCUGUUCCAGUCAUUGUAAUCGAGGGCGAGAGCAAGGUGAUGAGCAGCCGAUUCCUGACCUAUGACAACAUCAAAACUGAUGCAGUCUUGAGUCUGGACGAAGACACUGUGCUCUCGACUACAGAGGUGGAUUUUGCCUUUACGGUUUGGCAAAGUUUCCCAGAGAGGAUCGUGGGAUAUCCUGCACGGAGCCAUUUCUGGGACUCUAACAAGGAGCGCUGGGGCUACACCUCCAAGUGGACCAAUGACUACUCCAUGGUGCUGACUGGAGCUGCCUUCUACCACAGGUAUUACAACUACUUGUAUACACAAUACCUGCCCAGCAGCUUAAAGAGUAUGGUUGACCAGCUCUCAAACUGUGAAGACAUCCUCAUGAACUUCCUGGUGUCAGCGGUCACUAAGAUGCCUCCUAUCAAGGUCACUCAAAAGAAGCAGUACAAGGAGACAAUGAUGGGACAGACAUCCAGGGCAUCACGCUGGGCAGAUCCUGACCACUUUGCCCAGCGGCAGAUGUGCAUGAACAAGUUUGCCAGCUGGUUUGGCACCAUGCCCCUGGUCCAUUCGCAGAUGAGACUGGAUCCCAUUCUGUUCAAGGACCAGGUAUCGAUACUGCGCAAAAAGUACAGAGACAUCGAGAGACUCUGACGAAUCUGAGAAACCCUUUCCUUUUGUACGGGAAUGGGAAAUGGCAUCUGAACCCCACAACCCUGAAACACCGAAUCAACAGGGAUAAAAACGGGGGCACAGGAACCCUCAAGGAGGGAGCGCAUCAAGAUUGGGAGAAGUGUUGUGCUGCAAGAAGAUCCCUCUCUUAGAGUUUGUCACUAACUAUAAAUAUAUGAAAGCAAGAGGUUCAGAGCGAGGGGACAUUGACGUUAUAUGGCUGAGUUUAGCACAACACAAAGACACGCCAAUGUUGGCAGCUUUCUGUCUUCCACACCCCCUCUUGUAAUGUUUUGCCAAGAACAACGGUGACCAUGGCAAAUUCGCCAAUGCCAGGGAGCCACACACACAUUCACAUGCAGUCAGAUUAUAGACUUCCGCACACCGGUUUAACUUCUGGAUCAAACCUCUCCAUGUUAAAUUUGUGAUACGCCUGGCUGGAAGAGUCGCCCGCAGUUCAGCUGUGCAAAUUUAUUCAGUCCGCCUUCGGCAAACGUUACGCCCCUCUCGAAGAUGCAGGACAAAGUCCCGAUGAGAAGUCGAGCGUGCAAGACACCGCGCAUAACUACACAGUGCCUGAACUUUCAGAUGGACCGUAUCUGGGAGUCCAAAAGGGGUUUUGUGUCAAUGCAAAAACACCUUGUUCAUGCUGCUUAUAUUUGGAUUCAAAUGUAGGUGUUCCACAAAUUGGCCCAAAGUUUAGAUUUAUGUCUGUUUGAAAAAAAAAAAUUGUUGUAUUUUUUGGAUGAAUUAGACCCUAUGCCACAUACAUCUUAUUCUUUGUCUGGUUUUCUUGUGAGUCGUACUAGUGCAAUGCCAUAUCAGAGGCCACAUUCACACUACAGCUAAUUCAGAUCUCACUCCGCUUCUGACAUAUCCUAAUCUUCAUUUUUUUUUUUUUUUUGGAAGUGACACAUUUUUAUAUCCGAAAUGUUCAUAUAAUGACAACCACUUUUACAAUUCAAAUUAAUAGUAAAUAGUUGUUAAUACAGUGAUCCCAUUUGUUUAAUGACAAACAUGGAGGGGCUUAAAACACCGAAUCUGUUUACAGUGGUUUCAGAAUUUCAAGAAAAAUUGUAAAUGUUCAUAUCCAUUCUAAUCUACACUCACUAAUGUUUCUUUCCUUAAAACACCAGUCAUUUUAAAAUCUGUUGCAAUGCAUUUCUCUUUUGUUGUCAGUUCUGACAAGUCAGAGUUUAUAUGGCUAUUACGUAGGUUUUCCAGAAACUGGCCCAGAUUUUUCUUUCUUUCUACAGUAUACAAGCCUAUUAGUGUAUUUUGACAAUUUGUUUUAAUGAUUUAGACACAAUGUUGCAAAACUUUUGUCAUCUGUCUGGUUUUGUUGCAAGUCUUAUGAGUGUAAUGCCAUAUCAGAGGCAUAUCAGAGUUCACACUUCAGCUAAUUCAGAUGUCACUCCACUUCUGACUGUUUCAUCUUGGUCUGAACUUGUUUAUUUGGAAGUAAAAAAUACAUUUUACAUCUCAAUAAAGUUCACACAGUGACAACCACUUUUACAAAUCAAUCUAAUAAAAACAAAUAGUUCAUGUAGACAUCACUUGUCUAAUGACAAACAUGGAGAAACUUAAAACAGGUGGUUUACGAACGUUUUUGAAUGCUAGCACAUCUUUGUUCACCAAUAUUUCUUUCUUUAAAUGGAUUUUCCAAUCCAUUUAUUUGAAUCAAUUCAUAUUUUUUUUCUAAUGGUUCAACAAAUGGUUCAAUUUCAGAAAACUAUAUUCAAAAAUGCCUAUGUUGUUUCAGUAUGUACAGUAUGUAUUUCAUUCACUCAACGGCUCAAGUCAAAGCACAGGAUAUGUAGUUGUAAAGAGAUAUUUAACACUAGUUCCUCUCGCAAAUCAAUGAAACAUCUGAAAAUGCUUGAUUACGAGAGGAUGUGAUUCAUUCAGAGCUUCACGUCGAGUUUUGAGAAUGACUUCCAUUGAUUUUCUGUUAAGAAAGAACUAUCCACUCAUUAUCACUCCUGUUUUUAUUUGAUUGGGAUGGAUAGAGCUGGCUGUCCCAGUGUAAACUGAUUCAAAUGUACUUUUGUCCAAAAUCCAUACACUUUGUCUUUAGUCAAUGCAGAUGUCAUAUUUAAUGUUGCAUGAAUGAAAACACUGCUAUGAAGGACAGAUGUACAGUUUCAGUGGGUUGCACUGUUUUGCUGUCAAGAAAAAUACAUAUUUGCAAAACAAAUGACAUGAUAUAGCACCUUAAACAAUCUACCUUAUUCAACCAGCUGUAAAUUAAAUAUGGCAUCUACACUGACUUAAGGUUUAAAGUCCCUACAAUUACAAAAAAAAAAAAAAAAAGAAAUUUAUGUGACAAUACAGAACAAAUUGUGUCUUCAAAAUCAUUUAAGAAGAGAAAAAACCUAUUUAGGAGUGUUGACUUGUUUGGCAUUAAUGUAGAAUUGAACUGAAUAUGCAUGAAUGAAUGUGCCGAAACUGUGUCAAACAUCUCUCCAAAUAGGAUAUCGGUAUUAUGAGGGUCUAGUCACAUAUAUCAGGAUUCAAUCAGGCUUUUCUCUCUUUUUUGUUUCAAAUGAAUGUGCCUCUUCUCAAGACACUUCUGCAUUAUUUUGUUAGCCUUCAGCACCACAAUCUCCUCUAUAGAGCUGAUUAUACAUAUCUUCUCUCUGUUCUCAUUCACUUGGUUUAGUUUUCUUUGUCAAACACUGGAGUUUUUCUGAUGACUGAGUACUGACUUCCCGGCCUGUUUUGUAGGAAACAUCUUGGUUGCUCUUUCACUCUGCCUCAUGUUUGUACUUGUAUUUAGCACCCAUGAGGAUUCAUGUAUUUCAGUUUUGAUUAUUUAAUCCUCGGACUGUGUAAAGACUUUAUUUUACAUCAUUACAAUCAAAUAAAAUGAAAGUGUUUUUUUUUAAGAUAUAAAAGUGAUUUUCUAAAAAAAAAAAAAUAAAUAAAUGAUAUUUGAUACA